CUCUUCCGGGUGCGUCUGAAGGCAGUUUUUUGUCCGCUGAACUGAAGUGCAGUGAAGUGUGGGGGGCGAAGCGGCGCUGGAUGACGCGGAGCAACAAUUUCACUGAACUGACCUUUAAAUGACCACCGCAGAGCGACCACAUUACCCGGAGGAUAUCUAGGCCCCCUUUUCUCGCAGGAAUGUCAGAGGCUAGUUUUGAGUCGCAGGAGAAGCGGUCCGACCCCGAGGAGGACGCUCCAGAUAAUGGCACCCAGUCUCAGGGCCAAUCAGAGGACACCCCAGGCAGCUUCUCUGAUGACACACACAUGACAGAGAUUGAUAUAAACGACAGUAGUGAAAGUAGAACCUUUGACCGUAGCCUUAAUGAUGAGGAUGCUGAAGAUGGUGCUGCUGGGCAGUCCAAGAGCAACAAUAACGGAGUUCAUAAGGACCCUGAGAAGACCAAUACUGCUAGUACCGAUGCCGUGCCUUCCCAGAGUGCUGCAAAGGUGGCUAUGGCAGAGGAGGCCCACAGAAGCCCAGCUGCUGAACUCUCAGUCACCAGCAACGGAGACGCAGACACGGGUCACGAAGAAGUGUUUCAGCGGGACUUGUCACAUGGCGUCUCCUCCGGACCAAUCACGUCGCACACCCACAAUGCACCAGACAGCUAUGGAAUGAUGACGGAGGGUGUUGUUGAAGUGGGACCAUACACAGGGUCGAAGAGCCAGCCCACCUCACCCACCAUAGCACCCAGUCCUGUGGCAGCUAGCCGGCUAGCUCGCACGGCCAGCGAUAGUCAGGUGGAGACAGAAAAAGGCAGCAUGAGAGGGCAGCAGCAGAGUGGGUCGGUGGUCCUGGCAGAUGAUUUGAAAAACCCUGCCAUGGAAAAACUGGAGCUGGUCAGGAAGUGGAGCAUUAACACUUACAAAUGCACUAAACAGAUCCUAUCAGAGAAGCUGGGCCGUGGCUCGCGUACUGUGGAUUUGGAACUGGAGGCGCAGAUCGAGGUCCUCCGCGACAACAAGCGCAAGUACGAGCAUGUGGUCAAACUAGCGCAGACACUGGCUAAUCAGCUGGCACAGAUGAUGCAGACGCAGCGGCAGCUGGGCGACGCCUUCGCCGACCUCAGCCUCAAAUCGCCCGAGCUUCAUGAGGAGUUUGGCUACAAUGCUGAGACCCAAAAACUCCUGUCCAAAAACGGGGAGACCCUUUUAGGCGCCAUCCAAUUCUUCAUCGCCAGCGUGAACACACUGGUGGACAAAACCAUUGAGGACACCAUGAUCAACAUCAAACAGUACGAGGCAGCAAGGAUCGAAUACGAUGCGUAUCGUACAGAUCUAGAGGAGCUGAACUUGGGCCCACGUGAUGCCACCACCCUACCCAAAAUCGAGCAGUCUCAGAUGCACUUCCAAAUCCACCGUGAGAAAUAUGAGAAGAUGCGCAAUGAUGUCUCUGUCAAACUUAAAUUUCUGGAGGAGAAUAAGGUGAAAGUUUUGCACAAUCAGCUGAUCCUUUUCCACAACGCCAUUGCUGCCUACUUCGCUGGCAACCAGCAGCAUCUGGAGCAGACGCUCAAACAGUUCCACAUCAAACUGAAAAUGCCUGGGGGGGACAUCCCGUCCUGGCUAGAGGAGCACUGAUCCAUUUAAACCCCUCUAUAAUCAAGGCAGGUGGUAUGAUCCAGGAAGGAGAGGGAGGCGUUCAAGCACUCCUUAGAUACAAAAACUGAAAAAGUAAAAAAAAAAAAAAACCUAAACAAACAAGAAAACGAGC